UAGCUUUUCUGAUGCACUUUUCUCUUAAUGUUGCAGCACUGGUGGUUCAUCUGGAUUUAAAGAGGAUGAAUUACCAUCAAUAUUUGAUUGCAUGAGGACUGCUAUCCAGUUAUCAGAGGUGGGCAACACGGCCAUUAUUGUUGAUCCAUCAAGUAUGCAAAUAAUUUCAAAGGCUACAGAUCAAACACACCAGCAUGAUGCCUUCCAGAAAAGGAACAGAUGUGUCAAUGUGGAAGCAGAUGGUGGCCGCUCUUUGGCUGAAACAGCUGGGGCUAAUGAUGGCAGGUUGUUGCUGUCAAGCUCCCAUGUUCGCAAUGGCUUGAACAUGGAGGUCUCAUGUAUGGACCCGUGGGGAUGGACAAAACAGAGGUCUUCUGAGCAGAAGACUUUGUCCUCUGAAGGUGGUUUUCUUUGGCAUCCUCUGAGACAUGCUGCCAUAGUUGCCAUUGAAAAUGCUGCCGAGAGAGAUCGAAUGAUGUUCCAUACUUCAACUUCUCCAACAACCGAAUUAGACUUA